CUACUCUAUAUCACAAAACAUUUAACGAAACUCCUGAUCUGCAAGGUACACUGAUCUGCAAGAGGCUGAGAGUAAGUAAAUCUGCAGAGGGAACCAAGAUGGAUGUAACUACAGACACUUUGGAGGACAGGACUGGAAUUCAAAAUGACCUUGAAAAACUGAAAAAAAUGGUCUGAAAUAAACUGGAUGAAAUUCAAUAAGGACACAUGCAAAGAGCUUUUGAUAUGCUUUAUGUGAGGAGGCUGUUGCGCAUCACCCACUGCACAGAUCUUGGUGAAUAAGAAACCUAUGACCAUUGGCAAGGAGAUCCAAGACAACUGGAGUUACUUUCCCACUGCAGCCUUCAUCCUCCUUUGAAGCCAUUGAGAAGUAUGCCUACUGCAUCUACCUGCUCCACCAUUCAAGUGAAUGAAAUAUCAAGAGGAUGAAAAUAUGUUGUCUCUUAUAAUCUACUCUUUUAAUAUACCACUAGUGAACAUUAAUUGUAGAAAAAUAUUCUGUAUGUUAGAAUUUCUUAAAUUUCUAAACUAAGAAUGAGAAAAUUUCCAGUUAAUAUUUAACAGAGCCAUCCAACUGAUGGCACAUGACCUACAUCUGGCCUGUGAAGGGUUAAAUUGCAGCCCUCAGGCUCCUGCCUAGCCACCCUUGCUUCAGUUGCUAUAGCUGUGGUGGCUGGAGCCUCUGGAGCAGAGCAGGAGGCCUGGUGAGUUCAAUGCCCACAUGUCAGUGCCAGUAUGAGGCUCGGAUGGGGAAGGGGUGGCUUUUGCUGCUUGUAUGGCAUCAAUGAGGGGAACCAUGUGCAUGGUGGUACAAGUCAGGGAGCUCACUUCUUUAGGGAGGGGAAGGAGAAAAGGGGCUUGCUUGCACAGCAGUAGUGGAAGGAGGAAUCCUCCAUGUGGUGGCGGCAGUGAAGGGGAUUGUGGGGUGUUUUGUCAUCUGCUCUGGGAGAUGGAAAAGGGCACUUGAUUUAGAGUGGCUCUGAAAGCUGCUUUAAUUAAAGCACCCACAGUGUCUCGUGUAUCAGCAUCCACCUGCUUCAAAAAUGGCGGCGGGGAGCUUAAGCUCAUUCAACAAACUUUAAAGUGCUCCCACCACCAUUUUGAAGCACUGGGAUGCUGAUACAUGAGGUGCAGAGACUAGCUGAAGUGCACUAAUUAGCACACUACAGCAGACUUGAUUAAUUAAUCUUGAUUAAUCGGGUCUGCUGACACACUGUAAUCCAUAAACCGUCCUGUACAAUCCAGCUGCUCUGUAUCACCCAGCUACUCUGAAGUUGGACAGCCUAAUUUAAAACAUUCAAACAUUUUAGAAGUAUUUUACAUCUCCAUUUAAACUUCUUUUGAUUACAUUACACACACACAAAUGUGUGUACGUAUGUAUUAUAAUUAAUUAAGAUCAGUUUUGUAUUCCUCAUUGAAGCAAAACUCCCAUGGGCUUUAAAGGGACUAAAUAAGAAUCCAUUGAGCCCUUCAUCUUUCUAUACGAGUUAAUCCUUCUCACACAUACAUUAAUUUAUUGCUAUCUUACUGCUAAUUUACUGAAUUCCAUCCGGUCUGUUUCUGGUUCUUAAUGAUCAGAGAUGAACACAAGAGGAGUUUGAAUUAAGCCUUGGAUAAAAGGCGAUGUUUAAGAUAAUUUUACUCUGAUGGCAAAAUGUCUUUAAAAUUUUAAUAUCACUUAAAUCUAUGGAAAUAAAAAAUGUUCAAGCCCCUCAUUCUAUUUCUAACAGAUGUGAAACCUGAAAGAUGCUCCCCUUCGACUGAUGGAUGUGACAGGUUCGGAUCAGAGGUAUAGAAGAUAAAGUGUGUAUGAAAGAACGAGACAGUGGGAUUGUGAUUUGUCAGCCUUCGUACCAUCAAUAGGAAAAAUGCCAAGUUCCAAAAGUAGCUCAGUGCCUUCAAAUAAUGAUAUUAAAAGUGAUGUUUCAAACCUGAGUGAACUGACAGUUUCAAAUGAGAGGGAGUUUGCCGAAAACAGUACAACAAGCCUGACUGAAAAGACUGGCUAUUGUGACUCUGUAUACAGAAAUGCAGCUAAUAUUUUCCAACGCAUUCAUAAUGAAAAGCCUCAGGAUAGAAUAUUGAUAAGUUAUGGUAAUGAACCAGUACCAGCCCUGCCCAUCUUCAGAGAUGAAUAUUCCCAGCGUGCAUCUUACGAACUGGCUUUCAGCGCUCUAAAGUAUCAAGAUCUUCUUGAGAACAUAUUGAUAGAUAGCUGCUUCUACCCAUGUCAGUCAAUUUCAGAUGAAUUGACUAGUUUAGUUGUUGUCAUGCUGUAUGACUUCCAAGAUCGAAAGUUCCAAGCCCGACAGAUUUCUGAUGAAGAGGAGCCAAUAGCUGAAGUCCGAGAAGUAGAGCAUUAUCUAUACAGUUUUAAAACUAAAUUGGCUGCUGCACUGGCAAGAUGUCGAAUUAAACAUGAUGCUCUUUCAAUUGAACAUAUUCUACCAGAAACUAUACGGAAACAGGAACAAAGGGCUUCUGCUUUACCUUUGUAUGCUUGGAUAAAUGCUCUUAAAAUCAGCCCUGAAGAAGUUUAUAGAAAUUUAACAAAAGAAGGAUUUACCAGAGUUGACUCUAUAUCAGAUUUGGAAGGUUAUACAUAUUGUCUGGACAAACACUGCCAGGAUGUGCUGGUGUUUCCUUCCUUUCUUAAAGAAGAACUACUCAACUUGGAGCUUUUCACAGAUUACAAACUCUUAAUACAGGAUAAAUCUCGCAGCCUUGCUGUACGUUCUGUGAAAGCCUUAUUGAACAUGGAUGAUGACGUCAUAGUGGCUCAUAUGGGUUCCUGGUUGACUGUUGCCCAUAUAUCAGUACUGACAAAUCAGAGCACAUCUAAAGUAUUUGUAUGUGGAGUAAAAUCACAGGCUAAGGGAGCUGCGCUGAAGGACAUGUUCAGAUGCCUGGACUGUAAAAAUACUGUGCUACUACAUGAGGAUUUUACAGAGAUAGAACCAACAGAUCACAGACUGCAAAAAGCAAAAGUUAUUUUGUUGCUACCUCGAUGUUCAGGACUGGGUGUUAGUAACCCAAUAGAAUUUAUUCUAAGUGAACAUGAAGAUGCGGGAUUGCUUAAAGACCUUUUCCAAGGAUCUGUAGCUGAAGAUAAACUCGGUGUUCUUGCUGAGCAGCAAUUUAAGGAGUUAGUGCAUGCUACGCACUUUAAUAAAGUACAAGCCAUUGUCUAUUGCACUUGUUCAAUUUAUAAAGAGGAAAAUGAAGAAGUAGUGAACAAAGCUCUAGAAUAUGGAGUGGAAGGAGGUAAAGUACAACCUUACAGGCUUAGUCCACCUGUUCUUCCUGUUUGCUGCAACUCAGAGAUUUCUUCUGAUUCUUUCUUCAAAAUGGAGCCAUCUGAGAUUUCCAAUUGUUGUUUCUUAGCAGUCCUAGCAAGAGAGAAGGAUCCAUCUGAGUCUGUAUCUGUUAAAGACAUUUUGGCUCGUGCUGCAGCCAAAGGACUAUUAGAAGGCAUUGAAAUAGAAAAACCCUCAAAGAAAGAAGAGAAAAAGAAGAAGAAAUCAAAAGCAGUGCAGCAAAGAAACAUGCCUAAAGAUAUCUCGGCACAAACAAAAAUUGCAGAAUUCUUGGGCCAAGAGAUGGUAUCUCUUAAAUCUAAUUCUGAAAUUUCAGUAUCAAAAGCAAUUAGUAAUUCUGAGAAAAAAAAUCUGAGCCAAACAAACAAUUCUGUUCAAGGGAAGAAAAUGACCAAACCUGUCUUAAACUCCUCCCUGCCUAGAAUGUUGAAGAACGCACCGAACCCAUCAACUAUGAAUAAAGUGCUUGAGAAACGGACAAAUAUUAAGCCACGGGCAGAAGAUAAAAUGGUUGUACUAAAACCUGUAGAGAUAGUUCUGCCUCCAGUAAUGGUGCCGUACUUCAACCCACAAGGCAACAAAUCCAGAAUUGCAGCUCACCAUUAUUACUAUCACUGGAUUGGAAUAAACAGCUCAACACAUGGCUUGCUUGUACCUUCUGUGUCAAAAAGACUGAUGAAAUCGAAAGAAACAUUACCUUCAGCUGUGAUUAAGCAUCCUCGACCAUGGCUUUGAAGAUGGACUCCUGUUACUGGUUUGUAGAUAUAAUCACUUAUAUUUAUUUUAAGACUUCUGUGUAGGUUAUUUUCUACACUUAGACUACAGCUACCUAUAGAGAUGCUUUACAGUUCAUACCCUUUUCAUGGUUAUUAUGGCUAUAGCAUGGGACUAUUUUGCGAAAGGGUCAAUACAUUGUGUAGUUGCUUUAAUCCAACUUUAGAUUUUUAAUAUCAAAUUCAUAUAACACAUCUAGAGAUAAUGCGGAUCACUGGGGGGCAGAGCUCAAGACAUUAUAUAGCUAAUUGUUUAUCAUUUUAAAAUGUGACAGAAUUUGGAAGGUGCCUUUCACUAAAACUAUGUAUGUACCCAGGAAUGUGGAACUUAUGAUUAAUUUUCACAAGCUUUAUUCAGCAUUCUAAAAAGUGCCUCAUUACAAACUUCAGCUUUCAAGUGGUUAUUUCUGAGUUUGCUAAAAUAACAGCAUUAUUAUUUAUGCCACUGGUGCAUGGGAAUGAAAGUCAAAAUUACAAGCCAGGCUACUUUUCUAAAAUUAGAGGUGGAUUUUUGUGAAUGCCAAAGUUGUAUGUUCUCAGCUUAGAUAUUUCAUGCAGGCAUCUGGGGAACACACAAGUUCAUACAUAGUCUUAAAAAUGUGUCCUUGUUUCCUAGCAGCUAUACUUUAAUAAGCAACAGCUGGAACAUUCAGAAAAAUAUUGAACAGAAAACCUCAUGAUAAAACUGCAUGUGUACUUGGAUGCUAAAAAAUGACGACUGAAUUAAUAUCAAACAUGAGGCCAUCAUGCUGCCAUGGCUUUUAAAAUUGACUUUUCAGGCCAGGUGGAGCCUGAAAAACCCUGAUUCUCACUGAACUAUUUUCUUACCACUCAUUUUGUUCAUGGUGAAAAGUGCUUCUGUCAGAUGUAGGUAUGCUGUAUCUAGCAAAUGUGAUUUCUUUUAUGUACCGAUAUUGUUCAUUUAAAUAAUGACUUUCAGAACAAUUUUUGGUUUAUAUCUGUCUUGGAGAUGGAUUUAAAAUGUUUGAGCCAAAUGGCAUGUGGGUUAGGGGAAGAAUGCCGAAAAGCAUUUCUAGUUCUUUGUGAAGAUCAAGUUAAAAGUUAAAGUACACUGUUUUUGACAUUUGUCUAAAAUCUAAUAGUCUCAGUCAUUCUAAUUUGUAAUUAAUAUAUUGUUGCAUCUUGCUUGGUAGAUUGUAUUUUCAACCUAUACAAAUUUUGAAUGUUCAGGAACAUAACAUUUAUUAUUAGCUGCUUCAGUAUUUUCAGAAGUUUUUUUUUUAAAGCUAGAAGAGUUAAGAUAUCCUACUGUCAAGCACAUCUCAAUUCUUUCAGUGUUCACAGGCCUUUUCUGAACUUGGAGAGAAGAAUAACUUCAAGCCUUCUUUGCUGUGUUUGAAAUAAUUGCUGGAUAUUUUCAUUUAGAAUUUCUCUCUAAACAUUGACAUCAGCUAGCCAGUUCAGAGGUAUUAUGUAGUAUUUUUAAAAUAGGUUCAGGUUUGGAGGAUAACUUUCUAUCAUUUAUACUUUAAGCCAAAAGUAUAUGUACUUUUAACUUCAUAAAUAUAUUAACAGUAAUGAUUUUUUUCUAUUACAGUUGGUAACUUGCUAAACUUCUCAAGUCCUAGUGAAUACAAAAUAAAAUUACAACUAUUAAAUGCC